AUGGCAGUCACCGAACUUGUGCUUUUCCAUUUCAAGAACAGCCAAGGCAUCGACGCCCCAGAGAAUGAAGCCAUAAAAGCAAAUAUUUCAACUGCAAUCAAGGCGCAAGAAUCCCACGCCUCGUACCCUGUUCAUCUCUUGACCCCGGUUGAAGAUCCAUCAUAUAUCUAUCUUCUGGGUGGCUGGGACUCCGUCGAAACACAUAUGGAGAAAUGGAUUCCGUCAAAGACGAACCAUGAUCUUCUCGCGGGACUACAGGAGGAUAUGGAGAUGCAUAUUCUGCGAGCAAACAUCAUCUUGACGCCUUUGCUCAGCCAUGGACGACUGCCGAUGGGUGGAGGUUAG